AUGAAGAAGAAGAAGAAGAAGAAGAAGAAGAAGAAGAAGAAGAAGAAGAAGAAGAAGAAGAAGAAGAAGAAGAAGAAGAAGAAGAAGAAGAAGAAGAAGAAGAAGAAGAAGAAGAAGAAGAAGAAGAAGAAGAAGAAGAAGAAGAAGAAGAAGAAGAAGAAGCAGCAUCGGCGGACGAUUCUUCUUCAUCAUCGACGACCCACCUCCAACGACCGCCCCUUCCUGGUCCGAAACGACGGCACGGCGUUCAUGACAUCCGGCCCAGCGACAGCGUCCCCGGAGCCGGAAACGGAAAUGGCUGUGCUGGAUACAUCCGUGCAGUGA